AUAUAUCGAGUCCACUGAUCUGGUCUCCAAUACCUCCUGCAAUGUGUACAUGAAUGAUUCAAGGCUCUGCUCUCUGGAAGAUGAUCAUGUGAGGCCAGGAAGUCCUUACAAGACUUUAGAGAUGCUUUUUAUUGCUCUGGUUACAGGGUCACUGAGCUUUGUGACUAUUGCAGGAAACAUCUUAGUCAUGUUGUCCAUCAAAGUAAACCGCCACCUACAAACUGUCAAUAACUAUUUUUUAUUUUCACUUGCAUGUGCUGAUUUGAUAAUUGGUGUUUUCAGCAUGAAUUUGUACACAGUCUAUAUCAUUGUGGGGCAUUGGCCACUUGGGCCAGUAAUCUGUGAUUUAUGGCUUGCUUUAGAUUAUGUUGUCUCAAAUGCAUCAGUAAUGAAUCUGCUGAUCAUCAGUUUUGAUCGCUAUUUCUGUGUGACAAAACCACUUACGUAUCCAACAAGAAGGACAACAAAGAUGGCAGGAUUAAUGAUUGCUGCAGCGUGGAUCUUAUCAUUCAUCCUUUGGGCUCCUGCUAUUUUGUUCUGGCAGUUCAUCGUUGGAGAGCGGACAGUGCCACAUGGAGAGUGUUACAUACAGUUCCUGUCUAACCCUGCAGUGACAUUCGGCACAGCUAUAGCAGCAUUCUAUCUCCCUGUCAUUAUUAUGACAGUUCUCUAUAUCAACAUUUCCCUGGCCUCGAGAAGCAGGGUGUCCGAACACAAACCAGAGAAGAAAGAGAAGGCAACCAAAAUACCCAACUUAAUGAAGACACACCUGUUAAAACAGAACAACAACAAUGAAACCAGUCCACAUUCAACUCCCAAACUGAGCACAGAAUCAACUAUGACCGCAGUAGAUGCUGUGAAGAACGGCAAAGCUGAUGAGCCAAAAUCAGCUCAGCCACAGCCUCGAGCACAGUCCAGCAUCACAGUCUCACAGGAUGAAAAGGAGAGUUCCAAUGAUUCAUCCAUAGCAAUUAUUCCGCCACCAGAACCAAAGGAGAAAACCAACAGCGUCGAGACAACAAAAGCUGUUACAAAUCCCAAGCCAGUCACCACAUUGAUGGCUGAUGCUGCUGCUCCCAAGAUCAACCAUGUCUCCAGGUGGUCAAAGAUCAAGAUUGUAACAAAACGGAGAGGAGAUGAAUGCAUCACAGCUAUAGAGAUUGUUCCACCUGUUGAAGGGUCAGAGGGAAGUUCAAUCCCAAUCAGUCGUCCCAGGGCUGUUGCACGGAAGUUUGCAAGCAUUGCUAGAAGUCAAGUGAAGAGGAAAAGACAGAUGGCUGCCAGAGAAAAGAAAGUCACAAAAACCAUCUUUGCCAUCUUACUGGCUUUCAUCAUCACAUGGACACCAUAUAAUGUAAUGGUGUUGAUCUCUACCUUCUGCCAGUCCUGUGUUCCUGAUACCGUUUGGGCUAUUGGCUACUGGCUUUGUUACGUCAACUCUACUGUCAACCCAGCUUGUUAUGCCCUGUGCAAUGCUACUUUUAAAAAGACAUUCAAGAAUUUGUUGCUGUGCCAAUACAAAAAUAUUGGUACAAGGUGAUUUGGAAGAAGACAAGGAUAAAUAAUACAGGGAACUGAUGAACCAAUGGAUCUUUCGGGUAAGAACAGGAAACAGAAGACUAUAACAGGAAAACACUCUAAAAAGAGCCAAAGGAUAUGAGCUGGAAAAGAGAUUUAGGACAGCUAGUGCUCUUGAUGCAGAUGGAUUUGAAGCAAGCUAUUAAAAUAAUUGAAGAAAGUUUGCAGAACAUUUAAUAAAUCAUUCACAAGAUCAAACGAUGAAGACUGGAGGUGUGAAACCAGAAGACUGGAGAUUAACAUGCAUUCAAAAUCAUAAUUACUCGACACAAAAGAAAGGUUGAGAUAUGUAUUGAUAGAGCAGUAUAUUUGAAAGUCAAGAGUACUGCCAGUGUGUGAAACUGAAGCAGAAAA